AUGACAGACUUUUUAAACUAUAAAGUAAAAUUGACAUUAAAAGAUAGUUCAACAUUAAUUGGUAUUAUAUCAUAUGUUGAUGAAAAACAAAUUAGUUUAAAUAAUGCAAUAAAUUUAAAUGAUCCAAAAUUAAUUCAUAAUUUAAUUAAAAUACCAAACAUACAAAUAACUGAUUUAAAAGUUAUUGAAUUACCACAAACAUCCAAUAAUAAUAGCAACAAAAGAAAUAAAAAACAACAAACAAGAACUGAAGAAUUAAUCGAUGAAUCAACAAAUAAUAGUUCAAAACCAUCAAGAUCAACUACUCCAAAACCAAAUAAUAAUGGUAAAAAUAAAAUUUGGGAAUCAAGAUCAGAUAUAGAAGAUGUUAAAAAUAAAGAAUUUGAUUUUCAAGCAAAUUUAGCAAUGUUUGAUAAAAAAUCAGUAUUUGAAGAUUUUAAAAAGAAAGAUAAUAUUCAAAUAAAUGAUAGAUUAGUUGGACAUAACAAGAUUGAAAAUAUUAAAAAGAAAGAAAAAUAUGAUGUUGAUGAGAUGGUAUUAAAUUCAAGUCAUUCAAAAGAUAAUUGGGAUCAAAUUGGUAAAUCAUUAGAUAGAUCAAGAACUGAAACUCCAAAAUCUGAUUCACAUAGAAAUCAAUCAUCAGUAGCAACUACAGAAAUAAGAAAAAAUUUCAAAUUAAUAAAUUCAUUAGAUUCAACUCAACUACAAUCAGCAUCUCCUGUACAAUUAUUGGAAAUUGAAAGAUUUUCAUCAGAUAUGUUUGGUGUUUCACCGACUAUAAUGACAGAAGUAUGUGCAACAAAUUUAAGUAAAUUAAUAAUAGACAAUUGCUUGGGUGGAUCAAGAAGACUAAGUAACAAACAAAACCAUAAUUUACCACCAUUAGUUUUAUUAUUAAUAGGUAGUGCAAGAUGUGGUACAAGAGCAUUUGCAACAGGUCGUCAUUUAAGUAAUCAUGGAGUAAGAGUAUUAGCAUUUGUAAUAUCAUCAGAUGAAUCAGAUACUGAAUUAUUACAACAAUGGAAAGCUUUUGAAUCAAUUGGGGGUAAAGUUAUAACAAAUGAUUUUAAUGAAUUAGAUGAUAUAAUACGGAAUCAAUUGAAUACUCCAGUUGAAUUAAUAAUAGAUGCAUUACAAGGUUAUGAUGAUCAUUUAGAAGAUAUAUUUUAUAAAUCAGAAGAUCAAAAGACAUUAAGUCAAUUAAUUGAUUGGUGUAAUAAACCUCAACAACAACCAAAAAUAAUGUCAUUAGAUAUACCUUCAGGAAUUGAUGGAGGUUCAGGAUUACCAGAAAAUAAACUAGUUAUAAAUAGUCAUUGGUGUAUAUCUAUGGGAUUACCAUUAAGUGGAUUGAUAUUAGCAUACAAGAAUGGUUAUAUGGAAGAAGAAAUUGUACAUUAUUUAAUUGAUAUUGGUAUUCCAAAUAAAGUAUUUCAAUCAAAACCGAAUUUAAGGAAAUUCGAUAAAUAUUGGUUUACAGCUGAAUCAAUUAUAAAGAUGGAGAUUGAAAAUGUAUAA